GCGGUGGCGGCCUUGUCUGUGGAAUUGCUUUGGUCUCUGGUGUCACGAUGAUUCCCACGGAGGAGGCAUCUGCCCGGAGGAGGGAAAUAGAAGAGAAGCUCAAGCAGGAAGAAGAAACGUUGUCUUUCAUUAGAGAGAGUUUAGAAAAAAGUGACCAGCUCACAAAGAACAUGGUUUCCAUUCUCUCAUCCUUUGAAAGCCGUCUGAUGAAGCUGGAAAACUCAAUUAUCCCUGUACAUAAGCAGACUGAAAAUCUUCAGCGCCUGCAAGAGAAUGUUGAGAAGACACUGUUCUGCUUGGAUCAUGUUAUAAGUUACUAUCAUGUAGCAAAAGACACAGAGAAAAUAAUAAGGGAAGGCCCUACAGGAAGACUGGAAGAAUAUUUGGGAUGCAUGGCUAAAAUCCAGAAGGCUGUGGAAUAUUUCCAAGACAACAAUCCUGACAGCCCAGAACUCAAUAGAGUGAAAUCGUUGUUUGAAAAGGGGAAGGAGUCAUUGGAAUCUGAAUUCCGUAGCUUAAUGACCAGACAUUCCAAACCAGUUCCACCAAUCCUCAUCCUGGACCUCAUCACUAUGGAUGAUGAAUUGGAAACCCAGGAAGAUGUGACUUUAGAACACCUCCCUGAGAGUGUCCUGCAGGAUAUUGUCCGUAUUUCUGGUUGGCUGGUGGAGUUUGGGAGGAAUCAAGACUUCAUGAAUGUUUACUACCAGAUCCGCUCCAGCCAGCUGGACCGCUCUAUCAAAGGGUUGAAGGAGCAUUUCCGGAAGAAUAGCUCUUCCUCGGGGGUCCCAUACUCCCCUGCCAUUCAGAACAAGAGGAAAGACACGCCAACCAAAAAGCCCAUCAAAAGACCAGUCCUCAUCCCAGGCACGAUCCGUAAGGCUCAGAACCUUCUGAAACAGUAUUCUCAGCAAUGUCUAGAUGGGAAAAAGGGGGCCUCUAACCUCAUUCCUAUGGAAGGUCAUGAGCAUGAUUUACGGGUUAAGCACCUUUCCGAUACCCUGGCUGACAAGCACGGGCCAGCUUCUGGGAGAGAUGACAUGUUGGACAUGGAGAUUGAUGCGUACAUCCACUGUGUUAGUGCCUUCAUCAAACUGGCCCAGGGCGAGUACCAGCUUUUGACGGAAAUCAUCCCAGAACACCACCAGAAGAAGACAUUUGACUCCCUCAUCCAGGAGUCAUUAGACAAUCUCAUGAUAGAGGGUGACAACAUUGUCUCGGCAGCCCGGAAGGCCAUCAUACGUCAUGAUUAUUCAGCUGUGCUCACUAUCUUCCCCAUCCUGAGGCACUUGAAGCAGACAAAGCCAGAAUUUGAUCAGGUUUUGCAGGGCACUGCAGCCAGCACUAAGAACAAGCUGCCAAGCCUCAUAACUUCAAUGGAGACCACAGGAGCCAAGGCUCUGGAAGAUUUUGCAGACAACAUCAAGAACAAUCCUGACAAGGAGUACAAUAUGCCAAAAGAUGGGACAGUUCAUGAACUCACCAGCAAUGCCAUUCUUUUCCUGCAGCAGCUGCUGGAUUUUCAGGAAACGGCAGGUGCCAUGCUGGCAUCCCAAGAGACCAGCUCUUCAGCCAGUAGCUACAGUUCUGAAUUUAGUAGACGGCUACUCAGCACCUACAUCUGCAAAGUUCUGGGCAACUUACAACUAAACCUUCUCAGUAAAUCCAAAGUUUAUGAGGACCCAGCUUUAAGUGCCAUCUUCCUACAUAACAACUACAAUUACAUUCUCAAGUCCCUUGAAAAAUCUGAACUAAUCCAGUUGGUGGCUGUAACACAGAAGACAGCGGAAAGGUCAUACAGAGAACACAUUGAGCAGCAGAUCCUGACAUAUCAGCGCAGCUGGCUAAAAGUAACAGAUUACAUCUCAGACAGAAACUUGCCUGUCUUCCAACCUGGAGUCAAGCUCAAAGACAAGGAGAGGCAGGUGAUCAAGGAGCGCUUUAAGGGCUUUAAUGAUGGCCUGGAGGAGCUGUGUAAAAUCCAGAAGGCUUGGGCUAUCCCUGACACAGAACAGAGGGACAAAAUCCGGCAAGCCCAGAAAAUAAUUGUGCAAGAGACCUACGCUGCCUUCCUAAGCAGAUAUGGAAAUGUACCCUUUACCAAGAACCCUGAGAAAUACAUUAAAUACAGAGUGGAGCAGGUGGGGGAGAUGAUUGAGAAGCUGUUUGACACAUCGGCGUGACCUGGCUGCCUGCAUAUCGGUGCUUUCCCAGUCUUCUUUCCCAGUCCACUGUUGAAGGCCAUGUGUUAUGCUUGUAUUUAUCAAAUUUAUAAACUCCUAAGA